AAAGAAAUGGUUGACAAUGGGAUGAUAUAUUUAUAUAACUGUUAUAAUCAGAUAAAGGACUAUGAUUAUUAUAUCUAUAAUAAUAUUGAAUUAUUCAUAUGAAGAUUAUGAAGAGGUUUUGGGACUGCGGCAGUGGAACUCUCCGAACAAGUGAACGACCUGGUCGACAUUCGUUGGCGCGGGGUAGCUGAGCCAUUGCCGGUGCAGCAUGGUGCUGCAUGGAUCUACCAUUUCGCCCAAGUCUACGGUAGCCGUGUCAUCGACCCUCCUCCAAAAACCAAACAUCGAAGUGGAAAUUCGGGAUCCUCUGACAUUCCCCGGUCUCCACGUCACCCUUUUGGCAUGUCGGUCGCACCUUUUUCGGCCGCCUCGGCCUCCACGGCAUCGCCUCGUAGGUGGCCGCAUGCCGAAGAACCUGCACCUCUUCGGCGCGUAUUUGCAGGGCUUGAGCAGGAAGCUUCAACUCAAAUGGAGGAGAACUCAGCUGACGAGGAUCGUGCCGCCGAAGGCUUAUGGACGACCACCGUCAGCCUCCUCACAGAUGUCCUUGUGGGGAGACGAUGAUUAUACGUACCGACAACGGAAAUUGUGGAACGGAAAGGGUGAACGGCACCGAAUCACUCCGUUCACCAACAAGAAGGAUUUCCAUUCGGAUGCGUUGAACAGCACCAUCUACAACUUGAAGGUGACGGCCUCGGCGAUGUACAACAUGGACGACGCCGGCGGCUUCGACAACUACAUCUUACGGACGCCGCCGCAGGAGCUGCGCAGCGCCACGGGCGAGAAGAUGAGAGAAGUGAUGUAUUUCUACAUGAAGAAUCCGGAGGUGAAGGCCUGGGGCUUGCCCUGGAAAGUCUUCCUGCGGAAGCGCAACCGCAAGGAUCCAGCCUUCGCGCGGUAUGUCCAUGAGGCCAACAAGGAAGCCUCUGGCGUGUCUUUAGUCAAGCAACAUGCCAGGUUCUCACCCUACUACCUGCCAGCGCAGGGCUUCAUGCACCCAGCAAGACAAGAGUUCAUGGAGGGCUCAGUCCAGCCAUCGCUGAACCUCUGGUGGCGCGACAGCCCCAGCCUGACCGCGGCCUUCCGCCGGCGGCUGGGCGAGGCCAAGUCCUUUGAGGCGGCGCACGCCGAUCACCGGGAACCCAUGGGUUUCCGGUAUGGACAGACCAUGGGCGGCGGUGGCAAGGGCAACACGGCUGUGCACCGGCGUGAGAAGACCCAUCGCUACCGCUUCCUUCGUCCUUUCUGAGUGCGUCCAGACUCGGCCGAUGGAAGCCAUGUAUCACCGAUUGAAGCCAUGUAUCACUUAAGGGAUGGAUGAUGACGGAUACG